UUCCAACCUUUCCUCCAGAGUAUCCGAUACAAAGUUGGUUCUUACGAAGUGAAGGUGAGUUUCGGCGGAGGCCUCCAUCAGGAACUUGUUCGACUAUAUCGCCAUCACAGGGGUACAGAACAAAUAUCAAGUUCCGACGCUAUAACGCAACCGGUGAGAAUUGAGCAGUCUGAGCCUCUAGUCUCAUCUACCGCGCAGUCCCGAUCCCAUCACCAUGUCGUUACCCACCAAACCCCAACUCUGGUCGCGGGACGGGUUCAUCAUCUCAACCGACAGAGCUCUCCUCUCAAUCCCAGCAAUCAACCACGCCUUCAGCCAAGACUUCAUGUACUGGGUCAAGGCUCUCCCAGAGGAGAUCUUGCAGAGGAUGAUCGACGGCUCAUUCUGCUUCGGCCUCUAUAAACUUCUCGGCGGUCCAGAUACAGAUCCGACGUCCCAUCCUGACAACGGCAUUGCACGGCCAGCGGAACCAGAAGCCGCGAAAUUCGAGCAAAUCGGCUUCGCGCGUCUCAUCACCGACACCGUCAGCUUCGCAUAUCUGACGGACCUCUACGUUCUUCCGGAGUAUCAGGGCCUCGGUCUUGGCGGGUGGCUAAUCGACUGUGUGGAUGAGGUGUUGGAUCCGCUACCGUAUUUGCGCUGGGUGAUGUUGCGGACAUCGGUUGAGAAGAGCAAGGACUCGUAUGAGAAACGGCUUGGGAUGAGCGUGCUUGAGUCGCGGGAUAUCAGGGAGGGCCCGGUUAUGAUGGGGAAGAAGGGGAGGGCGGGGAGGGCAUGAGGUGACUCUUCUGCUUGGCUCGCUAGGCACCCCCGGCCCCGGGGUUGAGGAUUGGCAUUCUUCAUAUAGUUAGGUUGUUCUACUCUCGUGC